AUGUGUGGGCGCUACGCAUUGGGCGUGCGCUUGGCGUACAUUCAACAGCAGCUGCAAGAGAGAGGCAUGCAAGUAGACGAAGCUCCCGAAGACGAUGAAGUCCGCGAGACAUACAACUUUGCGCCAGGCAGCUUUGGCGCAGUCUAUCGUGCCGACGUCCCUGACUCGAAGACUCGCUCCGAGCGGGACACGGAGGUGCCCCAGGAAGAGAAUGACCAAGUUCCAGAGCAACAGGAAGAGAUCGAUGAGAAACCGGGAGACACUCCAGCCACUGUCCAGCCUAAAUACAAGCUUCAAAGCAUGAAAUGGGGCCUCAUCCCCUUCUGGACAAAGCGACAGCCGGACUAUGGUUCCAUGAUGCGAACGAUCAAUUGUCGCGAUGACUCGUUAAUUGAGAAUCGUGGCAUGUGGACGACUAUGAAGCAGCGCAAACGAUGUCUCGUCAUUUGUCAAGGCUUCUAUGAGUGGCUGAAGAAGGGACCGGGGGGCAAAGAAAGAGUCCCGCAUUUCGUCCGACGCAAGGACGGUGAUUUAAUGUGCUUUGCUGGACUAUGGGACUGCGUGAAAUAUGAAGACUCGGAUGAGAAGCUUUACACGUACACCGUGAUUACAACAUCCUCAAACUCUUAUUUGAAAUUCCUCCAUGACCGGAUGCCUGUUAUCAUGGAUUACGGAAGUGAAGAGAUGAGAACAUGGCUCGACCCCAGCCGGAAGACCUGGUCGAAGGAACUGCAAUCCAUUUUAAAGCCAUACGAAGGCGAGCUCGAGUGCUACCCCGUCUCCAAGGAAGUAGGCAGAGUGGGCAACAACUCGCCAGAUUUCAUUAUUCCCGUCAACAGCAAAGAAAACAAGAGCAAUAUUGCCAACUUUUUCGCUAAUGCCAAAGCGAAGGACGCGUCCCCGAAGAAAGAACCUGGUAUCAAGGUUGAAAAAGAGGAAGUGAACAAGGAUAUAGCUGCGCACGGCACGAAGAGGGAACAUACGCCAGAAGUAACAAGUCCUGGUAACGAAAGCAAGAAACAAAAGGUCCAUCAAGGCCCAAUCUCGCCCUCGCCGCAAAAGGCCAAAACGCGCAGUGCAACACACAAUAAGCCAAUGAAGAAGGCUGGGGCAUCCAAGCCACCGGGGGGAUCACAACGAAUAACGAACUUUUUCAAGAAAUGA